GUGAGUCGUGACUUAAAAAUCUCGUCUUUUCUUCCACGAAUGUCCGCGUUGUUCCUCCUCGAUCGGUCUACUUUUCGGGAAGUCGUCGAAGGCUUCGGCGAUCGAACAAUCUGAAGGUUGAGUGUGAUCCUAGAUGCAUACUUGAUGAUCAAGAUUUCUCUGCGAAUUCCCAUAUCGAUUCGUUUCCUAUUUAUUGGCGAUCGGCUCAACUUUUUUUCGAGGAUUGGAGUCCAACUCUAGGGUUCUUAUUCUUAAGAUUUCUUCUUCGCCUUCCCUUUUAUCGGAUCGAGAUUGUUGCUGCGAUGUAUAGCAACUUCAAGGAGCAGGCGAUUGAGUACGUGAAGCAGGCGGUGCAGGAGGAUAACGCCGGGAACUACGUCAAGGCCUUCCCCCUCUACAUGAACGCCCUUGAGUACUUCCGCACCCAUCUCAAGUACGAGAAGAACCCAAAAAUCAAGGAGGCUAUCACCCAGAAGUUCACCGAGUACCUCCGUCGAGCGGAGGAGAUCCGCGCUGUGCUCGACGAUGGCGGCGGCUCUGGUCCCGCCGCCAACGGCGACGCCGCUGUUGCUGCCAGACCAAAAACCAAGCCCAAGGAUGGAGAAGGUGGCGGCGAGGACGCCGAUCAGGCAAAGCUCAGGGCAGGGCUUACAUCCGCGAUCAUAACUGAGAAGCCCAACGUGAAGUGGAACGAUGUCGCGGGGCUCGAGAGCGCCAAGCAGGCCUUGCAGGAGGCCGUGAUAUUGCCCGUCAAGUUCCCGCAGUUCUUCACUGGUAAGCGAAGACCAUGGAGGGCAUUUCUUUUAUAUGGUCCACCUGGAACUGGAAAGUCAUAUUUGGCAAAGGCCGUUGCUACAGAGGCAGAAUCAACUUUCUUUAGUAUAUCAUCAUCAGACCUAGUAUCAAAGUGGAUGGGUGAAAGUGAAAAGCUAGUUGCCAAUCUUUUCCAAAUGGCUCGUGACAAUGCACCUUCCAUAAUCUUUAUUGAUGAAAUUGAUUCUUUGUGUGGCCAACGUGGAGAGGGAAAUGAAAGUGAAGCUUCUAGGAGAAUCAAGACUGAACUUCUUGUGCAGAUGCAGGGUGUGGGAAACAAUGAUCAAAAAGUUCUUGUUCUGGCUGCCACUAAUACACCCUAUGCUCUGGAUCAGGCAAUCCGUCGACGUUUUGAUAAGCGAAUUUAUAUUCCUCUUCCUGAUGUUAAAGCUAGGCAACAUAUGUUUAAGGUACACCUAGGAGAUACCCCUCACAAUUUAAGCGAAAGUGAUUUUGAGGACUUAGCCCACCGCACAGAUGGCUUUUCUGGUUCAGAUAUUGCUGUUUGUGUUAAGGAUGUGCUCUUCGAACCAGUUCGAAAAACACAGGAUGCAAUGCAUUUCUACAAGACCAGUGAGGGUAUGUGGUUGCCAUGUGGACCGAGACAUCCAGGUGCUAUUCAGACCACAUUGCAGGACCUUGCUGCUAAAGGUCUCGCUGAUAAGAUCCUUCCACCUCCAAUCGCACGGACGGACUUUGAUAAAGUACUGGCAAGGCAGAGGCCAACCGUCAGCAAAGCUGACCUAGAAGUCCAUGAGAGAUUCACAAAAGAGUUUGGUGAAGAGGGCUAAUUUGGUUGCCAGUCCAUGUUCUUCAGUAAUGUGAUUGCAGCCCCCUACUUGUUUAUGCUUUCAUGAGAUCUACUUGGAAUGCUGCAAUUUUAAAAUAACAUUGAUCUCAUCUUCUAAUGUAUUUGUUUUCAUUAUCUGUCUGUUACUUACUGUACUAUCUGUACUGUUGUCUGUAUAGUAGGAUAAUAGCUUCCUAAACAACUAUUGGAACGCCCCUCUGCAUUUUUCACAACUA